AAGUGAGGGUUGGCAGAGCGGGCAGGACAGGAGGGUGUGGUGGCCYUGGGACCGCUCAGCACGUGGUGCAGCCUGGCCCCCUGUGCUCUUAUUGGCUGCUGCGCUCUAACAGACAUGUUCAUCCCCCCAACACACACACCCACAGCUCCCAUGGUCUGUGUACCACACGUGCGCGCGCUUGUGUGUGAGGAAGCCAACAGACUGAAGCGAGCUGCGGAGGCAGACUCUAACUUCAACUCCAAUGAGCUCACAGCCCUCACAUACCCACACUCACACACACUCUCUCUCUUCAAUCUGAGGACACGAGGAGGAGGGAAGAGACCGAGAGGCAGAGAAGAGAGAGGGGAGAGAAGCAGGGGGAGACUGGAUCAACCAUGGCUUCAGAUCCGGGGCUGGCUGCGAUGCUGCUGUGGACUGUAUCGCUCCAGACUGUGGGCAGRGCCGGAACCAGCAACAACCAAGUGAAUCUUCUUGACACAACAACAAUCACAGGAGACUGGGGCUGGCUGACAUAUCCAUCACACGGGUGGGAUGCCAUUAAUGAGAUGGACGAGUACUUCAGUCCAAUCCACACAUACCAGGUUUGUAACGUGAUGAGUCCCAGCCAGAAUAACUGGCUGAGGACGGGCUGGAUUUCUCGAGAAGGAGCCAGGAGGAUCUACAUCGAGGUCAAGUUCACCCUAAGAGACUGCAACAGCAUGCCUGGAGUUCUGGGCACCUGCAAGGAAACCUUCAACAUGUACUACUACGAGUCAGACAGAGCUGUGGGCUCAUCCAUUCGGGAGAACCAGUUCAUUAAGAUCGACACCAUAGCAGCUGAUGAAAGCUUCACAGGAGUGGACCUGGGGGUCCGCAGACUAAAACUCAACACUGAG